UUGCUCCCAUCUUCAGCUGAUCUCAGUGCCACGCUUCCGGCAGAACACGCUUCUCCUGGAAGAGAGGAAGAAGACGAAAGAAGAAGAAGAAGAGAGUGAGAGUCCUUUGGCCUGGGUUCAGUUUGUUUACAACUCGACACUGGAUGGUUUCAGCUCAAAUCUCAUGCUAGUCAACCCAUGCUUGGGCAAAAUUAUCCAACCGACUAGUUACAUUAUAACGGGCCAUCUGAAGUUUCCUGAUAGUAUCUUCCUUAUGGAUGAAAUUCACAAUAAAGAAGAAAAGGAAAAAAACUGGGGAUGAUAGAAAAAAGGAGACAUCAACAAGUCAUUCAGAAGUUGCUCAACCAACAACAUGCAGGAUGAUUGAAGCAAUGAGAAAGUAUAGACAAUCUUCGCUGGUUCUCUGUUUACCUCUAGCUGAUUUGAUCGUUUUUGUGGGAAAAAGGUAGCAGAAGGCGUGCUUUGCCAAGACCAUUUAAGCUCCCCUUGGGAGAAUGGGAAAACUUGGGGAUGCCUUUGUUGAUAACUCCAAAUGGAAGCACAAAACACUUGUGACUGUUGCCUUGACAUUUCUGACUAGUUCCCAGGCUAUACUUAUAGCAUGGUCCAGAAGAGCUGGAAAAUAUGACUAUAGUGGGACGACAGCAAAUUUUUUGGUGGAGGCCUUGAAAUGCGUAUUAUCACUUCUAGCCCUUGCAAAAAUAUGGAACACGGAUGGUGUUACUGAAGAUAACAGAGUAGGUACUACUUUAGAUGAGGUUAAAGUUUACCCGAUUCCUGCAGCUCUUUAUCUCGUCAAGAAUUUGUUGCAAGCCAUUAUUAAGAAGCGUCCUUCAAGAAAUAUUAAUGUGCAGAACUUUUGGCUGUAUGUUUUUGGCAUGGUUUUCAAUGUUGCAGCAAUAUUCAUUCAAGGUUUUGAUGUUGUUUUGAACAAGGGCUUCUUCCAUGGUUAUUCUCUUAUUACAACUUGCAUGAUUAUUAAUCAUGCAUUGAGUGGAAUUGCUGUGUCCAUGGUAAUGAAAUAUGCUGAUAACAUUGUUAAGGUUUACUCUACUUCAGUGGCAAUGCUUUUCACUGCAGUUGUCUCUGUAUUUUUAUUCGGUUAUCAUCUGUCCCUUGCAUUUUUUCUUGGAACUAUGGUUGUCUCUGUAUCAAUUUACUUGCACUCCAUUGGGAAGAUUCAGAGAUGAUAAGUUUGGUGUACCUAUGGUAAUUUUGGUUUGCUAUUUCUUGCAAAAUUCUCUCUCUCUCUUCAUUUCUUCGCUGAUGAUAGUUUCCUUAUUCUAGUUAUAUGUUAUGUACAAGUAGCAACCACUAAAAUAAUUUUUUUCAGUGUGGUGGGCAAAUGGAACUCAAUCUUUAUAAAUAUAUAAUUUUUAAUAA